GGCGAGUGAGUAACCUCCUGGCGGGAGGCUCAGUGUGCGUCUGGCCGGUGUGGGAACAAGACAGCGCUCCCGAGUCAGACUGACCACCCUCGUGAAGCAGAACCACAGUCAUGCGCGCAGUAGCGACGGCGGCGCUGGUGGUGUGCCUGGCGUCGCAGGUGUGGUCCCAGGCGGCCUCCAGCAGGCAGCUCCCGCAGGAGAUUUACGAGGAAUUCCAGAGCUUCGUGCAUCAGAACGGCGGGCAUCUCCCUCUGCGCAACCGAGGCCGACAGUACCCGCCCUCCCUCAGGCCGCCGCCGCCCCCCGUGCUCCGCCAUCCUCCUCCGCCUCCUCCUCCUCCUCCAAGCACCCGCUACGUGCCUCCGAGGAAGCCUGGGCAUCGGCCGCCCUUGAGGGACCCGAAGAAGGCGCAGGCGGCGGCGUCUUCGAGUCUGCAGGACCAGAUACCGAAACAAGGGGCCGGCGGUUGCGAGACGACUGAGGGCUUCCACUUUGCAGGCGAGGUGUGGUACCCGACGGGAUGCCGACGGCGGAAAUGUAUUCACUUUCGCGGCAAAUUCUUCACAGAGACCGACUCGUGUGAUUCGGAGAUUCACAACACAACCUACAAAUGCAUCGUGCAAGUAGAUUUAACAGCCCAGUACCCAGCCUGCUGCCCCAAGUACCGCUGCAAUCCGGAUAACCUUGGAAAUAGCGUAAAAUAGAAAACGGAACGAUAUGAACACCACCAAGCGUUAAAUUCAGGAUAGGACAGUUAGUUUUUGAGUGCUUUUCGUCAUUAAUUUUGCUUGCAUGAUCAUCUUUGCUGAUCUGCUGGUGGCUACACAAUCAAUAGAUCCUGUAAGAGGUUCUCAUUUGAAAACUUGGUAUUCUUUUAUGCUAGUAUUCCAUUUGCAUAUUCCAUUUUCUUUCGUUUGGUUCUCGUUUUCUAUCGAAAGGCAACUGGUCCCGGUACCUGCUUUACUUUCAGAUUCAUUUUUAUGCAUGUGAAUGAUAUUUAUUCAGAGACUGUACAAACACAUUCCUUACGAGAAUAGUAAGAAUAUCUAUGACUGGACGAUAGCAAUAGUGCCUAUAUUUUUUUCUGGAAAAUGUUCAUUAUUUUAAAAUGGCGUUCUUGUUUUAAUUCGGACAUUUUUUUUUUUUUUUUUACUUUAUGGUUAAUUCAGAUUUCAUAGAUUUAACUCCAAAGGGACAAUUCCGAUCAGUGAAUAAGAAAUUCUAUCAUGUGUCCUACGUUUUCAAUGUUAUUUCCCACACUAUUGAUUUCAUUUAAUUUCACUUUUUUUUCUGCUGAAUAUGAAACUGCGGCUUUGCUGUUCAAUAUUGUUAACUGUUAUUCUUUUCUGAUGUUACUGAUGUAAAGUCAAAUUAUAUCAGAUACUGUGUAUGGAAAACAAAGAUAAAGUUUAUUUAUGAUA